AAAAUUAAGUGUAUGACAUGUGAACCAUAUAACUAAAAAAGUGUGGCAAGCCACAAGUAUGUCAAUGAACCAAAUACAUGCCUAAGGUAUUGUGACAUGACUAAGGUUAGGCGUGACAACCUUAGGCUGGGAGCCUUUGCCUCACCCGCGGCGGGCCAAACGGCCAAAAACAGCUCCUCGGGGGCAUUCUCGUCAAUUCAGGCAGGUCACGGCGGACGCAAAAUUCCACGCUCCCGAACCAAUCCGGCGAGACGGGGGCGCCUUCUCCACGCCGCCGCCGCCGCGGCGUGGACCAGCCCGAACAGACCAACCCCGAGCUUCUCGCCGUCCCGGCAACGCACGUGUCCCGGGCGUCCACCGCGACGCCUCGAUCCGCGCUCGUGCCUUCAUGAGACUCCUCGCGCUCCUCGUGGUCGCGGCGGCCCUCGUGGCCUUCGCCGCCGCGCACGAGCACCACGGCGAGGCUCCCACCUGCGCCGGCGGCGGUGGUCGCGUGGUCGCGGAGUUCCGCCCUGGGGAGGUGACCCUGGACGGGCACCCCGCCGACUGGGAGGCCGUUGAGGCCUCGGAGUUCGCGUUGCUCCCGGCGCUGGACCCUGACGAUGACAAGGCCUACACCGGCGGCAAGGUCGCCGUCAAGGCUGUGCAUGACGGCGUCAAUGUUUUCUUCAUGCUGCAAGUUGAUGGGGACUAUACUUACACUAAAGGUGAAAGUAAAAAGUGCCCCUCUGUUGCUCUGAUGUUCCAAGUUGGAGAAAAAGCCACAUAUGAUGAUAUGGGUGGGUGCAAAGAUUUGCCAGGUUCAUGCACGAGCAAAAGUUGCAGAGAUCAUGAGGUCGACAUUAUGCACUUUUCAGUUGGAAAUGCUAUUCCUGGACGUCUUUAUGGUGGUAAUCACAUAGAUAAUGUAGCUGGAAAUGGAGGUGAUAGAUUUGGUCAUCUUGUUGAUGUCUAUGCAUGGAAUCCCCAUUGCCGCUACCUUGAUGGUAUAGGCCCUAAAGAAAAUAAUUCAAAUGCUCAAAAUGAUUGGCAUGGGGCUUGGUGGCACAGUUCCCUGACAUUCCAUUCAGGUUUUGUGGAUGAUGACAGUCCUUAUGGAAAGAAAGAUGACAAGGGCACAUAUUACUUUGAGUUCUCAAGGCCCCUAAGAACAAUGGACCAGUUUCAGCAGGAUGCGCAGUUCACAAUAGGUGAGCCCAGCAAUAUGGCAGUAGCUUUCUGGUACCCAACUGACGGCAAACCAUGGAGCAACUCCCAGCAUUACUCAGCCAGCUGCGACUGGUUGACUCUGGACAUACAGCCCUCAUUGGAAGCUGCUCGAUACCGCCCAGCCCCUAAUCGUUCCUGGGAUGCUGGGACCGCCUUCGCCUUGCUCCUUUCAGUGGUGACCGCCGCGCUGGCCGCCGCUGGGGAGAGCGGCGGCUCCAACGCCAAGGAUUCCGACCCGGCCACCGACGCCGAGGCCGACGCCAUCGAGGCUGUUGAUUUGGGGGACGGGCUCGCGGGCUAUAGCAGCAGCGACGAGGAAAGCGAGGAUGACCUCCACAUCGUGCUCAACGAGGACGGCUGCGCGCCGCCGCCUCCUUCUGCCGGCCGGUGCGAGGAGGGGUGGGCGGAGCAGAGCGAGGAGGGGGAACUUCGGGCCAGCCUCUUGAAGGGUCUAUCUGCUAAGGACGGCGGACAGCGCAAGCCUCAUGGUCUCCACUACAAGGGACCUCUUGACAAAACAACAGUGCCAACCACAGGACAAGGUGAUCUAGGUCACCAGCAUGCAUUUCAGAAGGAUUAUUAUUUUUUCUUGCCAAGAAACAGGACAGUUUUCGACAUAAACAUUGAAGCAUUUCAGCAGAAGCCUUGGAGACAGCAUGGUAUAGAUAUUACUGAUUACUUCAAUUUUGGUCUGGAUGAAGAAGGAUGGAGAAAAUAUUGUUUUGGCAUGAAACAGUUCACACAGCGAGCCAGAUCACUUGCAGAAAAAUCGUCAGGAAUGGAUCAGGAAUCACAUCACAAUCUUGAAUCUAGUAAGCUAAUGCCAAGGUCAGCAAUUUAUUCUGGAUUUGAAGGAAGUAAUGACGUUGACAAGCCAAAGGGUAGAGCAAUCGACGUUCAAGGUGGUCUGUUUGAACGUCUUCCGUCAGCAGAUAUGUGGCGUCCAAGAAAAAGAGAUUCUGAUGUUGUGAUACAAGUAAACAUGAUGCUUUCGCCUUCAAAUCACUCCACUUCUGAUGACAACUCAACAGUAAAUGACAAGUGCAUGACUACUGAAAGAGUAUUGGUUAAUGAUCCUAGUGUCAAGUGUUUGACAGACACUAACCAUCUGGUGGACAAGGUAAUUCAUAAGGAAGUGCUUAAUGGAUGUUUCUCAGAGUGUACUGGGAGCAAACUGGAUACGAGAGACUCAGCUUCUGCAAGGGACCAUUUUUCUAGUCCUCGUUAUUCUGACAUGGUUUCUGAAGAAUCAACAGAAGAUUGCUACUUUAAGAGAGCUAAUAGACAUCCAAAUUCCAAGGCUACUUGUUCAGAUACCAAGCUUAAGGAUGCGUAUGUCAGGUCUGAUUUUUGCCGCCAUUCAAGUAAAUCAGACCAAGAAAGUGCCAAGGGCGACAGUCAUAGCUAUACCCCCUCUCCUGCUGACGAUAGAUAUGACGAGACAGAUGAACCUGAUUUCAUGUCGAGUGGAGUAUUUAUGAAUCGUCAAAGUGAUUACCGUCUCCUUAAAUAUAGGCAUCAAGGAAGAAAAGAAAAGAAGCGGAAAGGUUCAGCUCGUGUAAGGUAUGAUGUGUUUGAGAAGGAAGAAAAAAUGGCAUAUAGCUAUACUAGCAGGUAUGAUAGAAAGCAUGAAGAGAAAAGAUCUAGCUCCACUUUCCUUGGUAAUGAUUGCCGCAAUGCUGUUCACAAUGAGGUUUAUGAAAGACGUGAUUAUUCACCUGCUGAAAGAGCAGCUUUGAGAAAUGGCGUGCAUCGCUUUAGUACUAGCUCUAACCAUCAUCGCGACCGUUUUUCUUGGCAUGAAUGCAAUGAUGACCAAGAUGAUCUGCAGAGGCUCUCAUUAGCCAAAGGGUGGCAGCGACGCCAUGAUCACGGAUAUGGAUACAAGUCUGUACAAAAGGCUGAGCUUUCUGAUGACAUUGAUAGGCACAUGUAUAGAGAAAGUUAUUACCAGGAAACUAGAAGAGUCCGACAUGGCCACGGUGAGGAUGAUGAACUAUUCGAUUACAAUGACUACCGAUUUGGUGAGUUCUGUGGACCUGAGGUUAGACGAAAGUACCAAAGCAGAAGAUCUGCAGAAAGCAGUGAUGAACAUUGGAGACAUCCUUACCACCUCAUUUUGCCUCCUCGGGCAAAUGACUACCCCAAGAAUCCUGAGAGGAACUGGUCUUCUCCUGGUUUAACUUCCUUGAGCUCAAGAAACAGUCGAAAUGCCAAAUUCAUGCAAUAUCAUCGUGAUGAAUACUAUCAAAAUAACAAGCACCAUAAUUCUUCAGUUCACGUUGACAACAUUCAACAAUCUGUUUCAUUCACUGAUGCGCCCUCUGAGACUGGUUAUUGUAUUCUUCCAGUCAAGAGGAAGUUCCAUGCUGGUCUGGGUUCAAUUAGCCAUAAAGAUCUCGGUAUAGCAAUUUCAAAAGGGAGAAGACUGAAGCAUGACCAAUUCAUGAUCGGUGAUAGGAAGCUUUAUGCUGUGGAGAUGCACAAUUCUCCAAAGGAAACUGUUAGAGAAGCUAUUUAUAGUUUCAGUGAUAUGAGAAAUAGUGAUACUAUUUCAAACAUUCACGAUGAAAGAAGGCAUGAGCACAUGAAUAUUCAGCCCAAGGACGCAGAUAGCAUCGGCUUGAAUGAUAGGAAAAGAAAGUUUAAGCUCCAAGGCAAUGAGAUAAGGCGAAUUGGAAGUGACAAUGAGGGAUGUCUUCCUGCAGACAAGAAUUUGCAGAGUUCCAAACACAAGGAUGUACACCAGGAAGCACAGAAGGUGAAGCUGAAUAGAAGUUACCAUGGGUCGGUCUAUCAGGGCUUGGAGAAAACAACAUACCAAAAUCGCCGAACUACCAAGGAAGAAGAUGAGAUUGAGGAGGGAGAAUUGAUUGAAGAGGACUACCAGGGCACUCUUCCAAACAGUAAACCUAACAAGCCAAGAAAAGCAGCAUUGAAAUCAGUGAUUGAAGCAAGCUCAGCAGGUCAGUUAGAGAUGAUUAAUGGAAUGCCAAAAGAUAUUUGCGACAAGGGAGCUACAAGGGAAUGUGAUGAGAAACACAUACUGAAGGUAAUGGAAAAGAUGCAGAAGAGAAGGGAGAGGUUCAAAGAAGCUGUUGUUGUUACCCAAAAGGAGGAAGACAAUGGCAAGGAUGAACUGCUAGCUGUUGCGUGUGGUGCAGAUGAUGUCAAGAAUCAGCGACCUGCCAGGAAACGUCGUUGGGGCGGCAAUGGUUAGAUGCUGAACUAACCUUGAGUCGGGCAUAUUUUAUGCCAAAAUAUAGUCUUAUGGUACUGGGAGGAGCCAAAGUGCCAAUGUUUUUUAUGAACGAGAUGCCGCUGUCAUCUAGCUGUUCAGGUUGAGACACUGUAGACCUUGAAUUUGGUUUGAUGCUUGGAACAGGAGACAAAAUGUACAAAAGCAUUCACACAUUGCAGUUGUAAUUGACCUACAGUUUCAACAUUUUUAUCAGAGCAGUCAGCUAAUAAGAUCAACGGCAUCAGACUGAAUAUCUGCUCAUCUUUCUUCAGGAGAGGUUUACUUUUUUCUUUUCUUUUUGCUGCGCGUGAAUUCUGAGACCACCUCUCUCUCCAUAUGGACAUACUGUCGCUUUGUUGGUUGCGGAGUUGUCUUAGUGUGCUGCCGUAUGCCUGCUUCAUGUCUAGAUUGUGUUUUUUGCAUGUAUUCUUUGGGCUCCUAACUGCAGUGUACUUUUAAAAGAAGUGGAGUAUGGUUUUUGCCGCAGUUAUGUUGCUUCAUGUGUUUAUUAAA